AUGUUCCGCGGUCUCCCCGUCAUUCCUGACGAGGCCUAUACGACGAAUGCGCCUCGGAAGAUUGCCAAAUCAUUCCUCGCAGUCGAGCAAUCUGAGGGUGCCGGCGCCAGAGUGAGGCGGAGCAUCGGCACGCCAAAACUUCGAAAUCUUUCACCUUUUUUGAUGCUCGAUCAUUUCGCCAUUCCUCCAGGUGCAGGAUUCCCAGAUCACCCGCAUUUUGGAAUGGAGACGGCCACUUAUUUGCUCUCUGGAGCCGUAGAUCAUGAAGAUUUUACUGGAAGUAAGGGCACAAUCGAAGAAGGCGAUUUGCAGUUUAUGACCGCAGGACGCGGGAUUGUACACGCAGAGAUGCCCCGCCAGAACAAGGACGGUACUCCUAACGUCGGCAUGCAGCUGUGGAUUGAUCUGCCCAAGGAGCUGAAGACAUGCGAGCCAAGAUAUCGGGACGUUCGUGCCAAAGAGAUACCUCAGGCAACCGGAGACGACGGCAGGGUGAAAGUCAAGGUCAUUAGUGGCCAGGCUUAUGGCGUAGAGAGUCUCAAGGAGCUGGCCUACACACCCGUCUGGUAUUUGGACUUUACUGUACAGCCUGGUGGAAAAGUCAAGCAACCACUACCCAAAGGCUGGAACGCAUUUGCCUACGUACUCGACGGCACAAUCAUAGUUUCAUCCGACGGCGUUUCACGACCCAUCGAACAAUACCACAAUGUCGUCUUUGAGAGCAGUGGCGACAGUGUCGAAAUAUCAGUCGAGGAGAGUGCCGAGAAAGAAUCAAGAUUUGUGCUGAUUGCUGGGUUGCCAUUGGAUCAACCAGUUGUACAAUAUGGCCCGUUCGUGGUAAACUCGAGAGACCAGGUAAUGGAGGUUAUGAUGAACUACCAAACUCACUCUAAUGGGUUUGAGAGAGCAGAGAAUUGGGAAAGCGAAAUUGGGAAAACCAUGGUACAUUAA